AGCACCAGGAGGGAGAGAGAGGAGGGAGGAGAGCCGCAGCACACAGCAGCAGCAGCGUCGCAGCCCCGCUUUCAGCCUCCAUGGGCCAGUCAGCUAGCUAGCUUUUAGCAUCGUCUAACGGCUAAAACCGCCUCCCACCGCCGGUUUGUUGUCUCCGUGGUUUCCUCCCCGUCUCCCUCCCUAACCCGACCAACCCUGUCGUCCUCUUUACCCGGCGUCAAGAUGAUGAAGUUUAGGUUUCGUCGGCAGGGCACGGACCCGCAGAGGGAGAAGAUAAAACAGGAGCUUUUCGCCUUCAACAAGACUGUGGAGCAUGGAUUCCCACAUCAGCCCAGUGCUUUGGCUUUCGACCCUAAGCUGCAGCUCAUGGCCAUCGGGACAAAGUCAGGAGCCAUCAAAGUCUAUGGAGCCCCGGGAGUGGAGUUUACCGGACUACACAAAGACACCUCUGCUGUCACUCAAAUCCACUUCCUCCCUGGUCAGGGUCGCUUGCUGUCGCUGCUAGAUGAUAACUCCAUCCACCUGUGGGAACUGGAGGCCCGGGUCACUAGAGAGGUGGGAGGGACUAAGAAAGAGGGCACACUCAGUCUGCAGGAAAUGGGCAGCUACAGCCUCCCAGGAAGACCAGGCAUUGAGAGCUGCAGUGCCACUCGGGUGACUGUCCUCCUCUUACUGAGGACGUGUGACCUGCUCUGCAUCGGAACAGAAGGAGGGGGCGUGUACUUCCUGGAGUUGCCCCGCCUUUCACUGAAGGAGAGCCAGACACUGUUCCAGGAUCAGGUCACACAGAGCCUGCCAGAUGAUUACAGAUGUGGGAAAUCCUUGGGGCCAGUGGAGUCGCUUCAGGAACAUCCGCAGCAAUCGGGGAAGAUUUUGAUUGGCUACAGCCGCGGUCUGGUGGUCCUCUGGGAUUUAAGUGCACGGCAUGCAGAGCAGCUUUUUCUGGGAAAGCAGCAGCUGGAGAGCCUGGUGUGGGAACGCUCUGGGAACUUAUUCGUUAGUUCACACAACGAUGGGGGCUACUCUGUGUGGGCUGUUACUAACGGCAACACCUACAGUCAUCAGCCAGUGUCUUCCACCAUCCCAUAUGGUCCAUUUCCCUGUAAGGCCAUCAGCAAGAUCCUGUGGAGAACAUCUCAGGCGGGAUCUCCAGUGUUGUUGUACAGCGGGGGGAUGCCCAGAGCGAGCUACGGUGAUCGGCACUGUCUCACCAUCCAACAGGACAAAGAGCAUGUUACUCUGGACUUUACAUCUCGAGUCAUCGACUUCUUCACCGUCCACAGCACAGAACAGGAGGAUGAGUUCGAUGAGCCCUCUGCGUUGGUUGUGUUACUCGAAGAGGAGCUGGUUGUGAUCGACCUCCAGACCCCCGGAUGGCCCUCUAUGCCCACGCCCUACCUGGCUCCUCUUCACUCCUCAGCCAUCACCUGCUCCUUCCACGUCUCUAAUGUCCCUCCAAAGUUGUGGGAGAGGCUGGUGAAUGCCGGCAAAGCUCAGCAGGGUCGACAGAGCACGCACAGGAGCUGGCCGAUAUGUGGAGGGAAAAACCUGGCACCUCCUGCCAAACAACAAGAGCUGCUUCUGACUGGACAUGAGGAUGGCACUGUGCGCUUCUGGGAUGCCUCAGGUGUUGCUCUCACGCCACUGUACAAGCUCAGCACAGCCAAUGUCUUCCACACUGACUGUGACCCGUGCGAUGAUCCUCAGGACACCGGAGACGACCCAGACAUGCAGCAGGAGGAGGAGUGGCCUCCGUUCAGGAAGGUGGGUUGCUUCGACCCAUACAGUGAUGACCCCAGACUCGGCAUCCAGAAGAUCAGCCUUUGUAAAUACAGCAACAAACUGGUGGUAGCUGGAACUGCAGGACAGGUGAUAGUUCUGGGUCUGAGUGAUGAGCGGUCAGAUCACUUGGUGGACGUGUCGGUGGUUGACCUGCUGCAGGACCGGGAGGGCUUCACCUGGAAAGGCCAUGACAGGCUGGAGCCACGUCUAAAGCCCGCCCCCUUCCCUCCAGGUUUCCAGCCACUGGUGCUGGUGCAGUGUCUGCCGCCUGCCUCAGUCACAGCCAUUGCGCUUCAUGCUGAGUGGAAUCUGAUCGCCUUCGGAACAAGUCACGGAUUCGGCCUCUUUGACUACCACAGACGAAAUGCAGUGCUUGCAAGGUGUACUCUGCACCCUAAUGAUUCCUUGGCAAUGGAGGGCCCCCUGUCCAGAGUCAAGUCCUUGAAAAAGUCCUUACGGCAGAGCUUUAGACGAAUCCGUAAGAGCAGGGUGUCCGGGAAGAAACGCACCAUCACCACACCCACAAGCAAGGUCCAAGAGGCCAAUGCUGCUCUGGCUGAGCAGGAGGACGUGGCUCCGGUACAGAGAAGGAUCGAACCGCGGUCUGCAGAUGACUCACUGUCUGGGGUUGUGCGGUGUCUCUGCUUCGCUGACACAUUCCUACGAGAUGGUACUAACCAUGGACCAACACUAUGGGGCGGCACUAACUCGGGCAGUGUGUACGCCUAUGCUCUGGAGGUACCUGGCGUGGGUUUGGGGCGUGUCUGCGAGCGUGGGGGUGCAGGCGAGAGCAGUGUUUGUGUUGAAGCGGUACUGGGGAAAGAGAUCCAGCUGAUGCACAGAGCCCCCGUGGUGUCGAUCUCUGUGUUAGAUGGCCGAGGAAAACCUUUACCGGAUCCGUACGAAGCCUCCCAGGAUCUCGCCAUCGCACCUGAUAUGACCAACGCUCACUCUGUCCUCAUCGCCUCAGAGGAACAGCUGAAGGUGUUUUCCCUCCCCAAGGUGAGCGCGAAGACCAAAUUCAAGCUAACAGCACACGAAGGCUGUCGGGUGAGGAAAGUGGCCCUGGUGGUCUUCAACUCAACUGCACAGGAGGACUACAGUGAACACACGCUGGUCUGCCUGACCAAUCUGGGCGACAUGCACCUCUUCAACAUACCCGGCCUUCGACCACAGGUGCGUUACGACUGCAUUCGUAAAGAAGACAUCAGCGGCAUUGCUUCGUGUGUCUUCACCAAGAAUGGACAAGGGUUCUACCUGAUUUCGCCCUCUGAAUACGAAAGGUUCUCUCUGUCUGCAAAGGUCAUCACUGAGCCGCUCUGCUCGGUUCAGCUCGACCGUCUGCUGGAGCUCACACCUGCCAGUGACGGUACGACAACACAGCCGCAGGCCAACGGAACCCACAAGAACCAGAUGGGUCAGGCUGAGGGUCUUACAGAAGAGCCUCAGAGCACCCUGUCUUCCCCAAUCCUGGACACCCCCCUGGACUCCCCACUCAGCUGUGCCGACCUCACCCUCGACACAACCGGAGAGAUCACUGUGGAGGACGUCAGGGAGUUUCUAACCACUGUGGACGAGGCGGAGAAUAACUUAAAGAACAUUAAAGAGGAGGAGGGACGCUCGACAGGAAUCCUCAUUAACUGAACAGUCUUACAGGGAGGGGUUCAGGUGGUCUGGAUGGACUGGAUAUCAGUGCUGGACCACAAUCAUUGCCCAUCAGCCCACUGUGGAGCCCCCCAGCCUGCACUCUGCACUCUCCUGUUCUUCUGGCACAGACCAGGAGGAAAGCCUUAACACAGACAUUAAAAACAACUUCAUGGACACUUGUUGUGGUUCCUCCAUCUGGAAGACCGGAAUUAUUUUCUUCUACAACCACUUUGAAAACAAGACAUUACCUCCCACAUGUAGACUGAUACCUUGCACAGUGUGGUGCCUGGGUGGACGCCGAUGAUCCGGAUAUCAUAACCUGAAACUGGAAGUUGAAAAAAACGCAGUUUGUGUGAUGAUUCCUCCUGGUGGCUUGAUGUUUAUGGGGCGCUCACUGAGCUCAGUGUCUGCAGCUCAGCCCCGAAGGAAGGAAAAUUUAAAAGAGAGGUUCAUGUUUUUAUUUUUCUACCCGCAGUUUUGUGGCGUGCUGGGAUCGGCCUUAGGUUCCCCUCAGUUGAAUCUGGAAUUGUUGCUAGUUUCACGUGCACACUCAUGGAUGUAUGUGCGGACUGUUCUAGCAGCUCUACAGCCCUGUGAAUGAGCCACAUUUAUCAACCUAGGACAUCCAGCAAGAACUGAAAGAACAUUGUAGGGGGCAAGAAGAGUAAUAAAGUAUUUUGAAUAUCUGACUUUUGGAAGCUGUAGCAUUAUUAAUGGACUGUUAUCAAACCAGUGAGCCAAGAUGUUACAACACAUGUGCACAAGAAGGUUUUAAGAAGCUCUGUGUCUUUGUAUUAAAGAUGAACUCAAGUAAAGGAAAUAUGAAGGUGAUUAAUACUGCAAAGAUUGAUGCUUUAUUAAAUAUGUUUUGUAUGGAUAUUUUGGAGAAAGUGAAGAUUUUGAUAAGAAAUAGCUUGAAAAUGGAGUUCUCGGAGGGAACCAGUGGAAGACAGGGGAUGCUAAAGUGUACUUGUGUGAGUAGCAACAGAGCAGGAAUAUUUUUGAGCCUUUUUUGAAGUAUUUUUAUUGCUAAAUGCAUGGCCUGGAAAUCCAUUAUUUGUGUCCUAUUCUGUUCGUAUUAGGUGAAAUCAUUCUGCCGUGAUUUGUGCCGUAUCAUGAGGAGGUGGGCAGUGAUGUUACAGGAAGUCUAAAGGUACGAAACAUCAGAAGCAGCUUUAUUAACUAGCAUCAAUUCAGUUAAAUCUCACCCAUUUACCAGAUUUUCUCUUUUACAAAGGGGCUCAUCUGGACCAUGUCAUUAAAUAUGCAGACGACACUUUGAUGAGCUUCAGUGUUAUCAAAUAUGAAGUAUUCUCCAAUUUAAUCAAGUUAUAGGUCAUUAAAAAUCUUUGCUAUGUUACAUCAAUAAAGAGAGGGAAGUAAGGGUAAGAGAUGUGGUACAAGUCUUCAGUUUUUAUUUCCCUCUUCUGUUAUUCAUCUCAAGCAAAAGCUUUUUUGAUGGGACUCAGGGAAGUGCAGCAAGGAAAGAGACGUCAGUCUGAAUGCGAAGUGUAACGUACUGUGUACUUUGAAGCACCCAGGAGAUUUUUUUUUCUUUGUAGGUAUCUGUGAAUUGGUGCAUUCUGGGAAAUAUUGGCUAGAUGAAGAGCUUUGAUCACCAGUAUUUUUAAAUUUUUUAAUAAAGUUUUAUUGUGUAAUAACAAAAACAUAUACAACAUCUAUAAUUAGGGUUAAAUAAGACAGGUUUAUAACAGCAGACCAAUGUAAAUGUUAGCGCUUUCUAGAACCUGUUGUAGCCUGAAACCGCUCAGUAUUCAAGAUUUUUGAUCACAAAAUUAAAAGUAUAAAAGGGACCUCACUAUUUACUAAUGUAGCUCAACAGGUAGGGUUCAUGUUAUUGCUUUUUUUUUUUUACUUUGUCGUAGCUUUUUAAGUGCACAUCUAUACUUAACCAUUUGAUGCUACAGCUGGCACGAUUUUCCUUUUAAAUUCCACAAUUAAGAUGAUAUUUUUGUCAGUUUUGUGUGUAGGAUUUAUAUUUGGUCAUUUAGCAUUUUGGCUGAUGAAGAAUUGUGAAUGUUAAUAAAAUUAUUUACUCUC